AUGGAUCCCAAAGAACAAGAGACGCCCAGCAAAUACCUCUGCCUAACAAUCCUAGGCUACCGUAAACCAGGAAUGAGCGAAGAAGCUUACAGACAUCACAUGAAUACCAUUUCGGCACCAAUGGCCAAGGAAUUCAUGGUUAAAUAUGGAGUUAAGAGAUGGACUAUGAUUCACAACCCCCUCAAGACGCGAGGUAUGUUACCACAGGUCUACGAUCGACAAAUGGCGAAUGUUGCGGAUUACGAUUGUAUCGGCCAAGUCGUCUUUGAGGAUCUGGAGCAUUAUAAAGCUAUGAAGAAUGAUGCUUGGUAUAAGGAACAGAUGUUUGGGGAUAUUGAUGAGUAUGCUGAUACUACACGAAGCCAAGUUACACUUGGAUGGAUCGAGGAAUGGGUUAAUGAUGGAGCUGUUCGUGAUGGACUUGAGUUUGGGAAGGGCCAAUCUACUGGGUCCGCGAAGGGCUAG